AAUUCAUAUUUUGCCUAUCCGCCGACAUUUAACCGAUCCGAUUUAUUUAUGUACUUUUUGAGUUAAAAACAAAGCCAAACGAUGUCCUUUCUAGCGCAAACUAUGCGCCAAAUGCUGCGCCACGUGCCCAACCGAAGUUUGUUAACGGCAGGUGCCAUGCGUCCACUGAGCAUAUCGCCGGUAAUUGGGCAGCAAAACAAGCCGGCGACGGAAUCGGUGGAUAUAUCUGCCAUAGCCAAGGAUCAGCAGAAGGAAUGCCUGAGCAUUUGCGAGCGCAUCAACCGGCAGGUGCAAAAAUCCGAGCAGGGACGACUCUUCGCGGUUGUCCACCUGUGCGGCAAGCAAUUCAAAGUAACUCCAGGUGAUAUCAUCCUGGUGGAGGGCUACUGGCCGCCAACGAUAGGCGACGAGAUCAGCCUGGAUAAGGUGCUCCUGGCCGGUGCCCGCGACUUUACGCUCGUGGGAAGGCCCAUCCUGGAGCCUGGACUCAUCUCGGUGAAGGCCACCGUCGUGGAGAAGACGCUCAGCCACACGAAGACGCACUUCAGGAAAAAGCGCAGGAAGCAGUACAUGCGCAUCAACUUCCAGCGAUCCCCGCACACCAUGGUCCGGAUCAAUUCCAUCGAACUGGCUCGUCCAGUGAAAGGGAUUGUCGAGGAGGAGCCUUCCUCGAGGCGCUUGUUUUAGUUUAAAAUGCUGUUGAUCAAGAAAAAUAAACCAAAUUUUUGGAAGGUAAUUAAGAAAACCCAAGGCAAAGGCUUAUCACUUUGAACCUAAAAGAGGAUAACUUAAUUCAAAUGCUGAUUUUGGAUAUUUAAUUUCUAAAACUGUUGAAACUUUUCAAGUGAUAUUUGUAAAUUUGCCCUUGAU